AUGGUAUUGGAUGGUUUCUCUUAUAUUCAAGAUCGUCCAACUGAUACAAAAACUUAUUGGCGUUGUGAAAAUCAUAAAACUUUUAAUUGUCAUUUUCGUAUACAUACAUGUAAUGAAUCUGUUACUAAAACACAUGUUAAAAUAUUAAAACAACAUGGUAAUCAUGCAGCGAGUUGCAAAAGAGAUUUAAUUAAAUUAUCAUUAAGAAAAUUUCAUGAAGAUAUUGCUGAUCGUGCAGAAAAUACUCAAAAAACAACCGAUAUUGUAUUAACACAAUGUAUAUCGAAAUUAUCUGAUUCAGCACGUAUACGAUUGCCACCAUUAGAUCAUAUUAAAAGAACAAUUUUANCGUUCUGUACCAGCACUAGUUGCUGGAAUUGA